GCCUGCGCACCGCGCCCGCCCACACAAAGGUGACGGCCCUGCUGCGAGCUCACCCUUCUCCAGACUCUGCAACAGUGGUGUCAAACGAUCCUAACACGCUGCACCGCCCCAACCGAGCGGGGAAGGCAAUUCCCUACAAACACCCCGAUCCCUUCACGAGCAUCCCCAAACCCUCCUGGGUCACCAACCGCUGGGCACCCGGCUCGAUGUACCUGGGCGUGCUGAGGAAAGAUGGUGACAAGGAGAAGAUGUGUCUGACAGAGUGCAGGAAGGAGCAGGAUGAAGUGGAGGCUUUCUGUGCCAGCGAGUUUGCAGUGAAUGGAAUUGUUUAUAACCUGGAAAGCCUGGGGAAUGGAGUCCAGUGGAUUACCCUCUUGGUAGACAGUGAUGGAUUGUACAAGAUGAGUCGCCUGUAUGUCACUCCGGAUGCCGCCUUCUUCCGAGUUCACAUCCUGGUUGUGGAUACUUUAAACUGCAGUAAACCAUGCCCAGACUUUAAACUUGGCAGCAGGUACAUCGUGAUGGGGCACAUCUACCACAAGCGCCGGCAGGUGCCCGCCGAGCUGCUGCUGGCCCUGGGCGGGCGGCUGCGGCCAGGGGACGGCUGGGUUGGGAGCAGCAGCAGCUACGUGAGGAGAUUCAACAGGAAAAGGGAUCUCAGGGUGAGGGCAGCGCACUCCAAGUGUCCAUAAGGCUCUGAGGGCUCCGUCCAGGAUGUGGGAGCAGCAGGAUCCACCCCCAGAACACACCUGGCUGUGGGGCAGCGCUCCCGUCUGGAACCGCAAUCCAACACCUGCUUUUGUGCUUUAGUGAACACUGGGUGCCUCGAGCAGGCACCCUUGGUGAGGUUCAGCACAGAAGUCAGUCUAGGGAAUGUUAACUGGCCCUGAAUUUGCUCCAGCUGCUUUCAGAGCCACAGGUUAGUGUUGCUUCCCCUGCUGCAGUGUGCCCCAAAUAAUCUGUAGUAAGUGUAAUGCAAAAUUCUGGCAGCUUCAUCCUCAGUAGACAAAAACUGCACUUUGAACCCUUUACCUUGAACAGAUUAUAUGAUGCCACAACUUUAUCUACACAGGAUGUUCACUGUGCUUUCACAGUUCUGCCUAAAGUAUCACAUGCAUUUGAUUUCAGAGAAACCUACACCACUAAGUACCAUUUGUAUUAUUUUUGUCUCCUCAACCAUGUCCAUGGUAUUUUUGAAAAUUACACCAUUAUUCCGGCAGAGCUGGAUGUUCACACAAAGCAUACAGAAUAGAGUGUAAUAAUUUGAGUAUAUGAACACACUGACUGAAAGCAAAUCAAGAACUGCAAAACAUAAAUGGCCAGUUGCAUUUACAAGUGACAGCGCAGGGAAUGCAAAAUGAGCAUGGGCUGCACACACUGGGUGUGCCUGGGCACUUCAUCCCAGAGCUGUGCUGAAUGCCAUUCCCCAGGAGAAAUAUUGCCAAGCUUGUACUUGCACAAGAGUGAAGUUACUUUUUAAAUCAAAAAGACAGUAUUUUAAUACCUUUAAUGUGGUGAAAUUGAGAUGUUUGUUGUUCCUGGUCAG